AUGGCACACGCGCUGUCCUCUCACGCCGGCGCAGUCGCCUUGCGCGCUGCUCGGGUACUGAUCUUUCUAGUGCUCAACUACGUGCUCGCCAGCGCAGGUUUCGUCGUGAUUCUUUCCGGCGUGGCGCUCUCGCUCGGGUCGUUGCUGCUCUGCUGUUUGGGCGUCGCCCUGUUCCAAGGACUGCUGUACCUGGCGCCGCUGCUCGCCCGCCUCGACGUCGAGCUGCACAACUUUGUCGAGACGGAGGAGGACCAACUGCGUGGCCAGAUCCCGCACUUUGGCGACUGUGGGCCGUACUUCGCGCGCUCGUCACUUGCAGUGCUCCUGUACUUUAGCACGGCCAAGCUGGGCGUCGGCGUGCUGAGUGCUAUGGUGGUAGUGAUCCCGCUCUCGAUGCCCAUCCACGCGCUCACGUCACCGGUGUUCCGAGCCGAAUACUUUGACGACGGCUGGUUCAACCUCACAGCCUAUAUGGUCGUGGCGACGGCGCUCUUGGUCGCUAUGGUUGUCAUGGCGCCGUGUGUGGUCCGACUCUCGUGCAUCACGACGCGCCUCUUGUGCCACGAGAUCUAUUCCUCGGUUUACGUGCACGACUGUCGGUCUUCAACUGCAGAAAAGCUCUGGCGUUCAGGAAUGCCAACGUACGGCACGAAGCAGCCGACGGACCACGUUUGA